AGAUGCCAACUUCUUAUUAACAUUAUGAUAAGAUCGGUGAGAUGCACAGUUACACACCCUAGGGUAGGUGAAGAGCCUAUAUAAGAAGCCACGUUAUGUUGGUCCUGUGACUUCAGUUCACACCCAAAACCAAGAGAAACAAAAACCACUGCUGCUUCUAGAUUGUUUUUUCUUUCUCUCAUCUCGUUCUCCGUUUUUCCUAUCUAUUAACUUUCACUUCAGUAAUUUUCCACCACCAUCAUGGCUUCUUCUAAUAGACACUGGCCGAGCAUGUUCAAGUCUAAGCCCUGCAACCCUCACCACCAAUGGCAGCAUGACAUCAACCCCUCCCUCAUCUCAACUGGUUGCCACAGAAGCCCUUACACUUCAGGUACGGGUUGUGAAGAGAGAAGUCCGGAGCCAAAGCCAAGGUGGAAUCCAAAACCUGAGCAAAUUCGCAUUCUGGAAGCUAUAUUCAACUCAGGAAUGGUGAAUCCUCCGAGGGAUGAGAUAAGAAAGAUAAGGGCACAGUUACAAGAGUAUGGCCAAGUGGGUGAUGCAAACGUAUUCUAUUGGUUUCAGAACCGCAAAUCAAGGAGCAAACACAAGCUUCGCCAUCUCCAAAACUCCAAGAACCAGAACCUUGAAGCUCAACAAAACCCCACUUCUCUCCCCCAGAUCACUGCACCAUCAUCCUCAUCUUCCUCCUCUGAGAAAUCCUCUCCAAAAGAAUUAAUACCCACCAAGGUAUUCUCCAUCGGAUUCUCUAACGUCACCGAUGUGGUACCUAAUUCUCCAACUACUUCUGUGAACCAGACCUAUUUUCAGACUCACCACGAGUCUUCUAUGCUUCCACCCCCACCACCUGCUGCUGCCGCCGCACAAACCGGGGGUUUCUUCUUCCCAGUGCAACAUCAUGGGCAGGGAAUACCACCUAGUACGGUUGCAUCACAAGGGUUUUGUUUCUCGGAGCUGUCCAAUGUUGUUCAACUUCAAUCGCCUCCUCAACACAACGUUGGUCCUUGCACCAGUCUCUUGCUGAGUGAGAUCGUAGGCCAUGGUGCUGCUGCUUCAAAGAAAGAUCUGGAGCAAGACAAGAGUCUGAAAAUAAUGCACCAGCCCUCACUGUUUAAUUUCUGUGUCACUCCCACAACAACAGCUCCUACUACUCCCUCUGCCAUACCUCCCAUCACUACCUCAUCCACCACUGUUCUAUCCCCCGUCAUUGCUCAAGUUCAAGGCAUGGGAGAUCCAACUGCUGCGGCGAGAUCAACGGUGUUCAUUAACGAUGUGGCAUUCGAGGUAGCGGUGGGACCUUUCAAUGUGCGUGAAGCUUUUGGAGAUGAUGCUGUGCUCAUCCACGCCACUGGUCAACCUGUGCUAACAAACCAAUGGGGUGUCACUCUUCAUUCACUCCAGCAUGGUGCAUGUUAUUAUUUGAUAUAGGAAGAGUAGAAAGCUGAAUGAUGAUGCAUGGGAAAGGUUUUAGUUAUGGUGUUUUUUCUGUCUAUUUCGAUCGUUCUGUCCUUUUUUUUCCUUUUCUUAUCUAUCUCUACGUGUGUAUUACUAUUAGGGUUAUUAAAUAGGGGUUUCUAGACACUGCUUAUGAGUUAAAGUAUGGAUGUUAUGACUUUGUUGAGCUGAUCAUGUGUAACUUUUGUCCUAAUUUAGUUUAAAGCAA